AAUACAAUUUCGCGUUACAUUUUACAAUCGGCGUGUUCAUCAACAUGGCGGAUGAUCAAGCAAUGGAGCUUGAAUCUGAGGCUGGCGGUACAGUGAAUACAGGAAAUGUCAAAAAAAAUAUUCCAAUCAAACUGAAAACUCAACCUAAACCAACGAGAGGGAGACCAAGGAAAGCCUCAAAGAUCAAGAAGGAGGCCUCACCACCUGAUAUUCCAGAAACAGAUGAAAAUUCCAGUGUUGCUGAUUCGGAGUUUAUUGAUGCACCAAUCUUUAAGCAACCAGGAGAGCCUCUUCACCAAAGUCAGGCAUUGAGAUGGAACCACAAGGUUAAUCUUAUUGGAGAGAAAGUCGUGGAUCCCCUGAUUCAUUGCUGUGACAAAUGUAAAUUGCCCAUUCUCAUCUAUGGUCGUAUGAUUCCAUGCAAACAUGUAUUCUGCUUUGACUGUGCAAGAAAGACAGAUAAAGUUUGUCCUAGGUGUGAGGAAAAUGUCCAGCGCAUAGAACAGUCAGCACUUGGGACCGUGUUUGUCUGUAGCUACGGGGGGCCUAAGCAUGGGGAUGGAGGAUGUAGACGUACUUAUUUGUCACACAGGGACCUUCAAGCCCACAUCUACCACAGACACAUGAGGACUGACUCCGCAAAGUCCUCCUCUUCUACUAGCCAGGCAGCAGGGGCAGGUAAACCUGUGGUAGAACAGUACACAACCUCCAAAGUAAGCUCAAAAUCGCAGCACUCUACACCAAUCAUAGAGCAGUACACAACAGCAGCCGGACGACACGCCAGUGGAGAGAGUCAUCUGAAUCUCCCCCACUCUCGCCCGAGUGACGCCAUGUAUCAACAGUCCAUACUGGGUCAGAUACCACCCCAAGCCCAGGCUUUACCCACUCAAGCCAUGCUGCAGGGUCCUCCUCCUAGACUCCCCCUAUCACAGGGACAGCCCCCAGCUCAGGCAAUCAUACCUGGACAACAAGCUGAUAGUUACCAACUUGCCUCUAUGUCAGCACUAGCACCUGGAAGGAAGACUAAUCUUAUCACUGUACCACUACAGGAUGACUCUGACUACAGACGGAGAGACCUAGCAGCUGGGUACGGUUCUCUGCCUCCAUCAACCUUUUCCACGUCAUUGCCCCCACCUGGUGGUAUCGCUCAAGCUUUUCCAUCCAUGCAUCAGGGUCCCCAGGCAACAUCUAUUGCUGGUUUUCCUCCCUCUGGCCCCCCUCCUUUCACUUCCCCUCCGUUAAGGACUCAGUUGCCUGUUUCAUCAGGAGUUAGUGUUCCGAUUUCCCAUCCCCCACCAAUCAGCGUACCUACCCCCAAUCUCGCAACCCCUCCCCCUCCACUGUUGUCUGGCCCCAGGAUGCCAAUUCAAGGUGGUCAGCCACCCAGAUUUGGAAGUCCCCAAGGUCAUUUCAAUGACAGUUACAGUCAAAGUGCCCCUGGGGGUCAAAAUACUAGGGGGCCAUGGACUGGCCCCCCUCCACAAAGAAGUUCUGGGGGUCAGUCACAAAGGUCCCAGUCAGAAGGUUACCAGUACUAUCAAUAGACAUUGUUUAGGUACAAACUCUUUUUGAUUCUUUUUGAAUUGAUUGAGAUAAAUGCUUGUUAUUCUAGUAUUUUUUUUUUUCUUUUCAUUACUUAAUAUCUUAAAAGUACAUGUAUUGAUUUUGUGUUAUGGAUACUGUGUUCAUGUACAAUUUAGAUUUAUAUACAGGCAGUGCUACAAGUAUAAAUUUUGUUAAUAUGUGUAUUUUGCUUAUGUUCAAUGUUUUAAGUAUUUGAACUUUAAGAAAAAUACUUCUAAAAUGAACACAGG